UCCUUUGAGUAAAGAACAAAGAAAAACUCGAGACAAAAAAAAUAAAUAGUGCGAGUAAUCUCCAAUGAAUAUCAACACCAUAAUCAUUCAUUUCUAUUGCAUUGUAAUGAUGUAUUUGUGAGAGAUUAUGGUUCGGUAGGCAGUAACAAUAGAAAAUCAGAGGGCUUGAGCGUGUUGUGAGACUGAGAGGGAAGGAUUAAGAAAUUUGAUGAUGGUCUAAGAUGUUUUGUUUAUUUUAGAUUUGGAGAGACUGUACAAGAUAGGUUUCAUCCUAAUGUUAUCACCAUCACUACACUGAUUAAAAGGUUGCGUCUAUAUGAAAAGACUGAUGUUGCACUCAAUAUGUUCGACAAAAUGACUGAGGCAGUGAAUCGGUUGCAAGAUGCGGCGAAACUGUUUGACUUGAUGGUAGAUAGGGGCGUCGAAACUAUGCUGCUUUCAAGAAAAUGAAACGAAAUGGAUUGAAACACACAACAAUUACUGACAAUAUAUUAUUAGCGGUACUACAUCGGAGAUGGAAGAAUGAAGACCGCAAAGAAUUUGUUCCAGAUGAAGUUACAUACAUUACAAAGAAUGGAUGCACUGAAAAAGCAACAGAAUUUGUUUGGAUCCAUGGAGGGUACUGUUAUCUUAGCCUAAUAUUGAAACGUGUAAUAUUUGUAUUCAUGGUUUUUGUCAGGCUUGCUUGUUGGAAGAUGCAAGAACCUGUUAUUCAAAUUCCAAGAUAUUUACCACAAUGAUGGAUGGCCUAAUAAGAUGUUAUUGGAAGCUAACAAAAUAAUCAUCGAAAUGGAAGAGAAAAGUUGUUUACCUAAUGCUAGAGCAUAGGAUACCAUUAUCAAAGGUGUCCUUGAAAGAAUGGGGAACGGUAAGGCAUUGCAAUCUCUCUGCAAGAUGUGUGAAACAAAUUUCUGUACCAGUGAUCCUGUGAUUAUCCUGUUAACAAACACUCUCUCGGCAGGUGACUCCAUGGUUUUUCCCAAAAUUUGUAAUUGUUGAAGUAGUAAGCAUUUUAAUUCUCUAUCAAGUAUCGACUUUUCUGGAUGAGAUUUCUUUAGUUGCCUCUUUUCACUCCCGUAAUUAAAAUAUCAGAAAAACUUGUAGGAGAUUUGUGUAGCCUCAUAUUGUUAGUCAUUGAUCUUUAAAGUUUUCUAAUUCUUUCUCUGCUUUUCUCUAGCUCAUACAAUUUCAUUCCUGAGUUAAAGGUGCUUUUACAAGAAUAUCAAUAUAGUAUUGGUUUUAAGUUCGCUCAUUCGUUAAUCAUUCAGUUUAACUUCAUUCACUAAAAUAAUGUUUAAACUGUGAGCUUGUGCAGAAACUGUCGGUGGCAGAUGCAAGAUUCUGUGCUGAUGCAGCGGUUAAAGAUGUUGGCAUGUUGCUGUAACAAAAUGGGGAUUUCUUCCCGUUGAUGACAAGAGAAGCUUAACAGGUACUUAUGCAGCUAAAUUUUUUAAUAAAAAUAACCCCAAGCAUCAUUAAAGUAACACUAUUUAUCAUGAAUAAGAACCCUAAACAUCGGGCAUGUCCUGCUCCAACUAUAAGCUGCUACCGUAAAUAUUUUUCACUAAAAUAUACGAGUCAAUCAGAGUCCUACUGUGCCAUAUCAAAAAAUUUUAAAAAAAAAAAAAAUCAGAGUCCUACUGAUUUUCCCUACAAACUUCUUCUUCCUCAGGGCUGUGGUUGAUCUUAAUGUUAAAUAGCUUUCAUACUCCUGUAGUGUCUUAUUUUUGUGUGUGUGACCACCACUAUGCAUGACGCGACAACUCCAACAAGUUUUUAUGUUAGAUAAUUUGCAGCUAAUUUAGGUCGAACAUUGGUGUAUGAUCGAAUUUUACAUUGCAUCUCAGUUCUUCUAUCGUUCUUAAUUAGUAGUCUCAUCAGCUAAUUUCUUGCAGUGCUUGCUUACUAUUGACAAGAUGUAGCCUGUGUCAUCAAUUUUAGAGAAAAGACAAAAGAUAUCUGGUUUAGUAGUCUCUGCUUUAUUUAUUCCCUUUCCCAUUCAGCCAAGGGAAAGGGAAUGGUGUAUAAGGACCUGUAUGGGCAUUGAGAUAAUCGUAGUUCUUGGCCAUUCUGAAGUGUCUAACAUUGGAGUUCACUUCUUUCAUUUUUGGAUUUGAUGUUUCUGCUUAGUCAGCGAUGAAAUUCUCUUUCUGGUUAGGGUUUUAUAGGGGAGUUGCUGAGGGAAGGAGCCACUUUUUUUUGUUUUAAUGUGACUAAAGUGUACUUUAUCGGUUAGUGAAUUGACCUAAGGUCUUCCCAUUUGAAUUAUUGGUAUUCCAUAUCCAUUGUUCAUGGCUUUCGCAUUUGCUUUCUCACGUAUUCCAUAUCCAUUGGAGUCCAAAAAUAUCAAAACAAAUGGCUAAAAGUAAUUAAGUUUUCUAUUUGUAGUUUAGUUGCAGAGUCUUAAUCUGUCAAGUCUUUUCAUUGAAUUAGUGGUAUUUCAAAAAAUUAUCUCUCUGGCAUUGAUUAUAAACUGGUUUAUCUUGUGGAAACUUCAACCAGUUGUGGCUGUGGCCAUUAUCUUUUCCCAAGUCUAUUUCAGUUGAGCUUGGCUUACGAAUCUUUCCAUUGAAUUAUCAGUCUGAAACAUGUGGUUGUCAAUGGACACUCAGUAAGUUGAUUUUAUCCUUCCUAUUUUUCUGUUCUAUAAGUAGAUAACACUCUCCCGUUUUGAUCAGAAAAAAAAUAUAUGCAAAAAUGCCUUCAUUAUUACCUGUCACCAACCCGCAGGUCUUUUUGUAUAUACUGCUAGUAGUGUGGUUCUGUGGAUUAGAAGAACAAGUUACAAGAUCCGUACAGGCAACAUUGGCACCAGCAAAAUGGGUAAGUUCUAAUAGUAAUGCAUCCGGUCCUCCAGAACUAUCUAUUAGUCUUCCGUUCAUUGUGGAACCUAAUAUCGACAAAUAUAAGAUUUCUAAACGAGGUUGUAAUAGUAAAUGUGGGAAUGUGUUGAUACCGUACCCAUUCGGAAUGGAUACUAUCAAUUGUUACCGUGAUCCCAGUUUUAAGAUCACGUGUAAUGAUUCUCACAUUCCUUCUGUUGCUUCACUGCAUACAGGGGAUGGUCAGUACGUUGUCGUGCAUCUCACGCUAGAUUAUGUUCGUAUCAUUAUGCAUGCGCCCGUCAUUUGUGACAGUAAUCAUAUUAAUCAUACUUGGUCGUCAGGGCCCUUUCUUUAUGGAUCACCCUUCAGUGUUUCCUAUACUCGUAAUAAGUUAACAGUCUUAGGUUGCAACGUUUACGGUGACAUCAGACCAGCUGUUCCAGUUACUGACGAACCAACACAUAGUGGGUGUGCAUCCCUGUGUGAAAAUGUCAAUGGGUCUCAAGACUGCAACACCACAAUUCCUAAAGGACUACAGUAAUACUACAUACAAACAGUACAGCUCAACCCUGGCCAUGAUCAUAUUAACAAUCCAUGCAUCCGUGCUUUUUUGGUCGACCACAAGUUUUCUGGAUUUCAUAAUUCAAGAAUGUCUAGGGACGACUUCUGGGUACCUGUGAUCUUGGACUGGGCGAUAAGGAACCUCCCUUCAUGUGAAGAAGCCAAGCAGAACAGCAGCUCAUAUGCUUGUGGCGCAAAUACUAUUUGCCUUGACUCUCAAAAUGGUCGAGGUUACAGCUGCCAUUGUCAAAAAGGCUAUGAAGGAAAUCCUUAUCUUGGAUGUAUAUAUGUUGAUGAAUGCAAAGAUUCUCAAAACUGCAAAGACGCAACUUGCUUUAAUACACCAGGGGCCUAUUACUGUAUCUGUCCAGCUGGUACAAAACCUGAAACCAUUAGUGAAGGAAGAUUUGGAUGUACGCCUAACAAACGAAACCAUUUCAUCAUUCUUCUUGUAUCGGCAGGUAUUGGAGUAAGCAUAUUGAUUAUAUUCUUACUUGGGACGAGUUAUAGUUUGUACACUAGACUUGUCAGGAGAAAGAAAAUGAAAAUGAAGCACAUGCAAUUUGAGAGGAAUGACGGGUUGUUGUUACAGCAAAAGAUCACUGCAAAUGAUGGUACAGUAGAAAAAACUAAAGAAUUUGAGUAGACGGGAUGAUACCACAUACUCGCUCGGUCCCACCAUUAAGUGACCUAUUUGAUUUUAGAUUUUGUCCCACUAAUAAAUGACAUAUAUCACUAAAUAAGGAGAUAUUUCUAAAAUUAUUCUUUAGUUAAUUAUAAAAAAUAUAAAAAAUAUGCAUAAUUUGAUAGGCAUGUUUAUGUUCGUUAUGUAGGUGUUUUAAAUGCUUUUCAAAAUGGUAUGAAGUUUACGAACAUCCGUGGAGUAGUUUGAGAGAUAAAUCAUUUCUAAAUUUCACUGGUUAUCAUCCAUAAGGGUAUAAUUAUAAAAAAUGUUUAAAAGUAUUAUUUUCUUUGCUUGCCUUAAAAAUUGUGCAAACUUAAACUAGGUCACUUAAUAGUGGGACGGAGGAAAUAUUUAUAUAUCACUUCAUAUUUGGCUUGUAAAGAUGAAGAAUGAUG